AUGAUCCAUGGAAAUAAUGCCUCAUGGAAAGACAGUAGCCAAAGCUAUCAAGGAGAAUUCAUAUUAUUGGGAGUAGCUGACCGACCAUAUUUGGAGAUGUUGCUCUUUGGACUUGUUCUGACCUGCUACAUGAUGACCCUGUUGGGCAACAUUACUAUCAUUAUGGUAUCAAGAUUAGAUCCCCAUCUCCAUACCCCCAUGUAUUUCUUCCUCAGCAAUCUUUCCUUUCUUGAUCUUUGUUAUACCACCAGUCUUGGGCCCCAGAUGUUGGUGAAUUUCUGGAGAAAAAGCAAGACUAUCACUUAUGGUGCCUGCGUGGGUGAGCUCUACAUCUCUCUUGCUCUGGGCUCCACGGAAUGUAUUUUGUUAGCUGUCAUGGCCUAUGACCGCUAUGCCGCCAUCUAUCAUCCACUGCACUACACUACCAUUAUGAGCCAGUCUCUGUGUUUCACAAUGGCUGCUGUCUCCUGGGGAAGUGGCUUCAGCAAUUCAGUAGUUCAAACAGUUAUGACUUUUAGUCUUCCACGUUGUGGCCAGAACCAGAUAGACCAUUUUUUCUGUGAGCUACCAGCCUUAAUCAAAUUGGCCUGUGUGGACAUCUCUGUUAAUGAGGCAGAGAUCUUUGCCUCCAGUGUGGUGUUCCUUCUACUACCUCUGGGUCUCAUCACAGUAUCUUAUGGCUACAUUGGGGCUGCUGUGCUGAGGAUCCCCUCAGCUGAAGGUAAAAGAAAGGCUUUCAAAACCUGUUCCUCCCACUUAAUGGUGGUGUCACUCUUCUAUGGCUCAGCCAUCUCCAGUUAUCUCCAAUCUCCAUCCAAUUAUUCUGGUGACCAAGGCAAGAUGAUUUCCCUCUUCUAUACCUUUGUCACCACCAUGCUUAAUCCACUGAUCUAUACUUUAAGGAACAAAGAGAUUCAGAAAGCCAUCCAAAGAAUAAUAAAGAUCAAGAAUAAAGAAGAUCAAUAA